AUGAGUGCUAGACCGCCGUCACCGCGUUCGCACAGGGCCCGAGUACGUGCCAACGCGUCACGGGGCUGCACCGGCACGGGAAGAACGGUGACGACGACAACGACUGGCACGGGUGGGGUGCCGGCGGCGGUGGCUCCUGGGACGAGCGACGAGGACGAGCUGAUGACGAUCAACGAGAACCGGAGUGGUGGCCUUGGCCCCACCAACGAACCGAACGCUUCCAACUCUUCCCUCUCGUCAAAUUCUUCCUCCUCCUCGUCCGAGGCGGGUUCGGUACAUUCGGACGGUGAGCAGCAUUCGGGGCUGCUGCUGCUGGAGGACGGAUCCGGCACAUCCGGCCGUCAUCCGAUGGACGCCAGCACCUGCAAUGCCUGCACACUCGCGCUGGAUAACAAUAACGCGUAUCAGGCGGAUCACGAACGGCCACUGGUGAACGGUUGCGAAGAUAUGUGGAGCUGGAACAAGCGCGACCGCUCGAAAGAGGUGUGGCUGAGCCGGUCGGACAAUCGGCGGGUGUACUUCCAUCCGAACUGGAGCAAAGGUACGGCCGGGAUCCGUGGAACGCGCGUACUAAACAACGGUCGGUAUUACUGGGAAAUCAGCCUGUCGCAGCGUGUCUUCGGUACGAGCAUGAUGUUUGGAAUCGGCACGAAGAAAGCACGUCUACACGUCAACAUGUUCACCAAUCUGCUCGGAGAGGACCGGAACGGUUGGGGCCUUUCGCAUAAGGGACUCCUUUGGCACGGUGGUGUCGCACGUAACUACACCAAGCGCUUCAAGGAGAACCAACCGACAAAGAUCGGUCUGCUGUUCGACGGUAUUGCGGGUACGCUGACGUACUACAAGGAUGACGUAUGCCUGGGUAUUGCCUUCCGUGGAUUGAAUGAGGUCCGAGAACCACUGUACCCGAUCGUUUGUUCGACGGCAGCCAAAACGGAAAUGCUACUGUCGGAAACGCGCCGUGACUUUGUCAACCUUCAGGAUCGCUGCCGGGCCAUCAUCAUAAAGCACAUAAACACGCGGGAAAAGCUGGACCGGUUAGCGUUGCCGUACUUCAUCAAGAACUAUCUAGCGGAAGCGGUCACGGAGAGUAAUGCGACGGUAACGCCACUCGAGCUGCAUCUGAUCGACCAGUACCUGUACUGA